AUGAGUUCUUCUGGUAUCACUGACAAAACAAUUAAAGCAGGUGAAAUUGCUCGAGCAGAAAUUGCUGGAAAAGAAACUCCAGCAAGUGAUCCUCGAAAAAAAGCUGAUGCAGAAAAUCAAGGUCAUCUGAGUGGUGAUCAAUCAACAAUCAAAGAAACUCCUGUAGCUCCUGUUGGUGCCACACCUCAAACAGCUGUAUAA